GGGAAAUCGUACAAGCGUAGCGUUUAAACGGAUAUGGAAAUCCGUUUUUUGCACGUGUAUUUAUCAUCCUGCUUAAUGACGGAGGCUGAUGUUUUUUAAUUAAAUGGUAACAAGAUAGCAAGACAAAGAUGUACAUUUGUGCAUUCAAAAAAUAGUCAUGUAUCAGUGAUGUGCAUAAGAGACCGUUAUUCUGUUGGCCACCAUCACAUAAUUUUUUUCAUAAAGCAAAAUCGAGUACUUUGAGUCUCUAAGAUCAUCCAAUUGCCUGUGCUCUUCGCUGGUUUUGUUCCUGGUCAAAGUGACAGAGAGCAGAAUUUACUUAGAAAAAAAUUUGUCUUAUCUUUCAGUAUUUUCUCUAGAAAAUUAAAAUAAAAAGUGACUCUCAAUAGCACAUUGCCAGAAAGUGUUUUGUGUUGUCUUGGACAAGUAAUUCAAAAGCUGCAUUUGGGUUGGUGGAAGUUUAUGUGUUUGUAACAACUUUACAAGUUAAAAUUAAUUAGUAAACUCCUUCUUUCAAGAGUCAUGUCAAACAAAGGUCCAAUUGGAAUUGCUGAACAAUUGAACUAUCUCAUUCAAUGGUUUAUGGAAUACAGUGAGAUGCAGAAAGACGAUUUCUAUAAUAUUCUCGUUGAAACUUAUUCACAUCAAGAUGUCAACGGCAUGUCCAAUUCUAUGAAUAGCUUAGAAUUGAAUGAGCGUCCUCCGAGUAUUUUCCAAUGUCGUAUGAAAUUGUUUCGAGAAUGGCAUGCCUCCUGGAGCGAGGAAGAGAAGCUUGAAUUUUUGGCUCGCUUAGGACGAAUGGACGACAAAUUCAUGGAGAAAUUCAAUGAUGAAAUGGGUUUUAAGAACGGCGAAUAAACAUUUUGAGAGUUUUUUUUAAUGUUUAUCAUUCCAUUUUUGUUUAUAUUGAUUAUAGUAUAAUUAAUUAGGGAAAUAAGCAAUCUUAUUUGAAUUGUCAUGAUUCAAAAUUAAGGCUCAAUUUUCUUUAAAGGUUAAAAAUUUCUGAGGACCAGUUUUUAUUUAUUUAUUUAUGUAAUGAAAAUGUUAUAUGUAUACACUUCUUUAAGUUCCUAAAUUGCUCUUUUGCAGCUGUUUAUUGAGAAGAUAAAGUAUCAUUGCUUAUCUAAAAAUGGCACUGACUUCAGCCUGUGAUUUAGGAACUGUUAGUUCCGACUUGAGAAGAAUAAUGAGUCAGUGUAAUAAAAGAGGAUUGAGAAACACCGUUACAUGGGCAGCUGAGUUAGAUUUAGCAUUGUCUGAUUUUGUGAAUGACGAAUCAGAUCACAUGGAAGAUGUAGACGUAAUGGACCGAAAAGAAAGUAAAAAGUAUGCGCUUGCCAAAUCCUAUUUUGAUCUGCAGGAAUAUGACAGAGCAGCAUAUUUUACAACAGACUGUCAGUCACCAGCUGCUAAGUUUCUUCAUUAUUACUCCUUGUACUCUGCAGGAGAGAAGAAAAGAUUAGAUGAUAUCGCAGAAAUUUCACCGCCGAUGGAUAAAUCGAAGAAUUCGUAUUUAAAAUCGUUGCGUGUUACCUUGCAAAAAGCACAUUUAGCGGGAACUCUGGAUGGUUAUUGCCUUUAUUUGUAUGGUGUUGUUCUAAAAAAAUUGCAGUUAGAAAAAUAUGCUCUUGAAAUUAUUUGUGAAUCAAUUGAAGCUGAGCCUUUCCUUUGGGGAUCUUGGUUGGAACUUGCAACUCUAAUCUCGGAUAGAGAUAUGCUCAAUGAUUUGACUUUGCCAGACUGUUGGAUGAAAGAUUUUUUCCUCGCUCACACAUAUCUCGAAAUCCAAAUGAACGAAUCGGCUCUAGAAAUUUAUUCCAAGCUCAUAGAAAUAGGAUUUUCAAAAAGUACCUACAUCAUGGCACAAGUUGCCAUCGCUUAUCAUAAUAUGAGAGACCUCGAGAAAGCUAUCAGUGAGUUCCAAGAUGUACUCAAAAUUGAUCCCUACAGACUAGACAAUCUAGAUAUUUAUUCAAACUUGUUGUAUGUCCGAGAAAUGAGAGUGGAGUUGAGUUAUCUAGCUCAUCGUGCUUGCGAAAUCGAUAAGUACAGGGUUGAAACCUGCUGUGUGAUUGGUAAUUUCUACAGCUUACGCACUCAGCAUGAGAAAGCAGUUUUGUAUUUCCAGAGAGCAUUAAAAUUGAAUCCUAAUUAUCUUUCUGCGUGGACUUUAAUGGGUCACGAGUAUAUGGAAAUGAAGAACACCAGUUUUGCAAUUCAAGCUUACCGACAAGCCAUUGAAGUGAAUCGGAGAGAUUACAGGGCUUGGUACGGACUUGGCCAAACGUAUGAAAUCUUGAAAAUGCCUUAUUAUUGUUUAUAUUAUUACAAGCAAGCCCAGCAACUUAGACCGUAUGAUUCACGCAUGAUGGUUGCUCUCGGAGAAGCAUAUGAAAAGCUAGACAAAUUGAAAGAAGCUAAGAAAUGUUUCUGGAAGGCUCAUGCCGUCGGGGACGUCGAGGGCAUGGCUUUGAUUAAACUAGCAAAGAUGUAUGAGAAAUUGAACGAAGAAAAGCAAGCAGCAGCUGCAUAUACAGAUUAUAUUCGUGAUGCUGAAGCCAAAAAUGCUACUGAUAGAGAUGAAUUAUGCCAUGCAUAUUUGUACUUGGCAAAAUAUUACUUUGAGCAUGUGAAACUCGAGGAGGCGCACGAAAAUGCUCAAAAGUGCAUGGAUUAUCCGGAAACGAAAGAAGACGCUAAAACACUCUUGCGUCAGAUAGCCGCUCGUCGAGCUCACGCCGAGGAAAACAAAAAUACUGCUUCACAAUUAAAAGCUCAAACUGCUGCCAAUCAGAGUGGUCGGUUAUCUCCGAUGAAUUUAACAUUUACGCCCUAAGAUAGGAAGUGGUCUUGAAACAAAAGGUUUAUUUAAGUUGCAGCUUUAAAAAUUAAAAGAAUAGUAUUAAUUCAGUAACCCAUUCAUCAUUGCUAAUGAAGGAAAAUAUGCUAGGUUUAUUUUUUAUAUUAAAGUUUCAAGAAAUUCCUUUUUAGCAAUGUGAAGAAAGAUUUGCUAUGCAAUUUUUGUUUUCACGAAUUUUAAAUGGUAAAUGUGCAAAAAAAAUUUUUAUACGAUUUGCAUGUGAAAGCCGAGAUUUAUAUAUUACCUAUUGUGUCAAUCGAAAAUUCUGACAAACUCUGCACCCAGCAAUUUAUUUAUCAAAAUUCUUUAUUGUACAUAAAAUAUAAAUGAAUGAUUCAUUAGUAUGUAAUAUCCAUAACUACCAUGGGGGGGGGGGGGGAUUGCUUUUUUUGGCAUGUUUUCUUGUUAACUAACUAGGGAUGGGCCAAUAAACAAAUUGUCCGAUUACCUAUUACUUGGCUGUUGAUAAUCAGCCAAUUAACCUUCUUCAACCCAGUGGUCACAAAAAAGGACACCAAUUUAAAAAAGGCAAUUUUUUUUAUUGUUUGUCUUUAUUUCAUGCUGCAUGCUUAUGUUAAAAAUUACAUUCAUUUCUUGUUAAUAGAUUUAAUCAUCUUGGUUUCUUGUUCAAAGAAUAAUUAAAGAUUGAAAGAUGAAAAAUUUUUAAACAGUAUUCUUAAAAUAUUUUUACCCUCCAUUAUGAAUAAUUAGCAAAUCAGCAGAUUACUGAUUACUGUCGUUUAUUCAGCCCAUCCCUAUCACUAAUGAUUGAUGGAAUAAUAGGUUAAAUUUUUGUUUAUGUUUGUAAACUCAAUGUAAAUGCAUGAAACUGAAUUCUUUUUUAUAAUGUUCCAUUUACAUUAAUAAUUUUGUAUACAUUUUCACAUUUGUAAACGACAUUUUGUUUAAAAAAAACUUUCAUGCAAAAGUGUUAGCUGAAAUUUUUUAAAUCAUCUUUGCAUUAAAGGACAUGUCUAAGCAGAAAACAUGGCAUACUAUUGUUAUUAUUCUUAAUAAAGUUCACUAAAACUUACACUGGUUAAUUGAUAUUUUUCUUCUAUUGAUUCCCUUAAUUGUUGAAAGUUUUCAGAAAAGUAAUCUUGAAAAAUAGGUAUCUUUUUUCAUUGCUUUUGUAUGAGCAUGAAAUUUAUAUUUUUGUACAUCUAAUAUGUUGAUUUAUCAAACAUUGUCCUCUUUGCUCAACACAAAUCAGAUUUGAUUUCAUAUCAAUACAGUCUCAUCAUUGAGUAUUUAUUGUCCCUACAAAUACCCUCACAAUUCAUAUAUCUCGAACUAUUUAAUCCUUUCACCAUUUGAGAUUUUGCGAAAGUUUCGCAAUUUUAUUCAUUUAAAAUAUAGAUUGAUUCUUGUCAUAUCCCCAAAUAAAAUUUAUUUUUUCAGCCUAAUAUGGGAAACUGAAUUUUUAGCUUCAGUUGUGUUUUAUUGAAAUACUAAUCUUGAAGUUAUAAAAAUUUGUAACUGAAUUAAAAUUAUUUACUGAUUUUUGCUUUAAAGAAGUAAGGGAGCGUUAUUUUAUACACAAAACAGUCUGUACAGUAUAUUGCAUGUGGUUCUGCCUUAGUCCUGGUUUAGGGUCGGUAACUUACUGCUUAUUAUUCAGUUUUAGUCACAAAUAUUUUUAAAAAAAAUUAUUUCUCUUUAUUGAACUAAAUGUUUUGCAAUAUAUAAAGAAAUAAUGUGCAUUAUAAUCUCAUCUGACUAUUUUCUUACAUAAAAAAGUUUAUGAAUACAAAUUUUUUAUGAAUACAAGUUUUAUAUUAUGCUAUAUUAUUUAUAUUCAUUUAUUCGCCAAACUUUUGACAGAUAAUGCUUCUCAGAUGAAAUAAUUUAGGGCUUGGCUACUUAUGAGAUAAUUAUGACUUUCUUUUGCCAGUUGUUUGAACAGCUUAUGCUAAUUUAUUUCUACCUACUUUUGUAGAACUAAGUUUAGAUUGUGAUUAUUUUUGGAGAUUCUUUAUUACAUGCAGUUGUGUAUUGAUGACAGGUGCUGUCUAAUAAAUUGAAUAUGAUGUCAA